AUGUACAUGCCACAGAUAGUAUCACCGCUGCAGUACAAACGGUACAGAAAAAUUUUAGACUGUCCUCCGAAAACCGAGGCGGAGCACGAGCUACAAGUUGCUUUGCGGGAGUCAGAGCAACGCGAGGAGGAAACCAAGCGCCAAAUGAUUGGCUUACAGGCAGCAUCUCUUGCAGCACAAGAAGAAAAAGCAGGGAGGAAGAAGGGUACAAGGCUCGUUGGUGAUGGCUUACCUCGUAUGCUCACUGGUGAUGUCUUCGUGGCACAGGUUAUCACACACGAGAAUGCGAUGGAGGCAGAAGCUAGAGAUAAAGAGAUGAGGGCCAAGAGAAGGGCAGAACGUUCUGAAGAACUCGCACAUUGGAAGAGAGAGGAGAUAGAGCGGAAAGAACGAAACAAAGCAACAAGAGCAAAUUUCGAGGCACAGAAGGUUGAGUGGGAGGCAGAGCGAGAUUUGGCGAAGUUGGAGAAACGGAGGCCACGGUGGAACAAACCAAAGAUGGGAGAGAUUGAGAAACCUGUGUCGAGGCCAGAGCGAGUUCAGCCAGAGGUUUAUGACAGCGAGCAAGAAGAUGAUGAUGGAGAAGAAGAAGGUUGA